AUGGGAGAGCUCAUGGCCAUAAUCGACAAGGAUUGCGUCCACGAAGAAGCCAUGGCCGAGCGAAAUCCUCCAAAGGUUCCCGAACAUGCCAAGACAACAGGGGCGAAGAAACAAGUAUCAAACGUUCGCCAGGGGCAAGGAGGCCAAGGCGGUUCAGGCCAAGCAACCAACAAGCCGAACAACAAGGGUCGACCUCCGCAGCACUCACAGCCGCAGUCGUGGCCAAAAACGAAGAGGGAGCCACGGCCAGACGACGGACCAGGGAUGCGCACGUACCACAAGGAGCGCGGCCACUACACCACACAAUGCCCGCCUUUCAAACGGUAUCUAGAAGAGCUUGCAGCGGUUGGGCACCUGAAUCAGUGGAUCAACGUUCGGCGAAAUCCACUUCCACCACCUCCCCCACUUAUCGGCAAUCUUGUAAGCGUUAUACAAGGAUUGGUUUCCGAAGGAAGGGCGGCCAAGCUUCGCUCAGAAAUUGACAAAGUCGUCUCUUCUUUAUCCGUUUGCAACAUUGGCGCUUCGGGCAAGCGAAAGUGGGAGGAUUCGAGCCUCGACAGUACUAUGACCUUUUCAUCCGACAACUUGAAAGGUGUUCAAGUCCCUCAUACGGACGCCCUCGUCGUUACUGUUGCUAUUGAAAAAUCAACCGUACAACGGGUAUUGAUAGAUCAAGGAAGCUCGGCGGACGUGAUGUUUUACUCAACAUUCCUGAGCCUCGGAUUAUCUCUCGCUCAGCUUCGGACAGCAUCCACUCCCCUUGUUAGCUUCACUGGAGCCCCGGUGGUCAAAUUUAUUGGAUGGAAUGGACGCCAAGAAAGCCUCCGAGGGGAUCAAAUCCAAUCAAAGAAAUGCUACAUCAGCACUGUCACAAACAAACAGAGCUGUAUGGAGGUGCAAUGCGUGGAAGCCACUCCCGUUCCUAUAGUCGAAGAUGUGGGAGUGCCGGCCGAACGACGAUCUACCGAGGAGUUAAUACGCUUCCCCAUCCCUGGGGGCGAAGGAAGAUAUUUUUUAAUUGGGAGUUCUCUGAGCAUCGCCGAACGCGAGGAGAUGUAUGACUUCCUGAUGAGGAACAUCGAAGUUUUUGCUUGGACUCCCCAGGACAUGCCGGGAGUGGAUCCUUCGUUCGCCAUGCACUCAUUGAAUGUCGAUCCAAGUAGGCGGCCGGUGGUUCAGAAAGUCCGACGCUCGUCCGCCGCGCAUAUCGAAGCUGUAAUGACAGAGGUGGAUCAACUGUUGGAGGCUGGCGUCAUUCGGGAAGUCCUAUACCCCACCUGGCUUGCCAAUCCGGUGGUUGUGCCGAAGAAAAACGGGAAGCUGCGGGUUAAUGUGGAUUAUACGGACCUCAACGACGCCUGCCCUAUGGAUAGAUUCCCCCUCCCUCGGAUUGAGCAAAUGGUGGACGCAACGGCAGGAUGCGAAUGCCUGAGCUUUAUGGAUGCAUAUCGAGGCUAUCACCAAAUAGCUUUGGAUCCGGCAGAUCAGGAGAAGACGGCCUUUAUUUCUCCUCGGGGCACUUACUGCUACAAGGUCGUGUCGUUCAGCUUGAAGAAUGCUGGUGCGACCUUCCAACGCUCCAUCACAAGGAUGUUUCCUGGAAUGCUCGGCAAAAAAGUAGAAGCUUAUAUCGAUGAUCUGGUUUGCAGAAGCAGGUUCGCUCGGGACCACCUUCGGGACCUGGGAGAGGUCUUUGCUGUUUUGAAACAAAGGAAGCUUCGUCUCAAUGCCGAAAAGUGUGCGUUUGGCGUAAGUUCGGGAAAAUUUCUUGGUUACAUGAUGCUAUACUCCCGGGAUCUUAUUCCUUUACGGGACAUGACUACUCUGGAAUCUUUCAGACAUUCUUUAAAGCAAUACCUGGCCUACUCUCCUUUGCUCGUCAAGCCCCUACCCGAUGAAGAUCUGUAUCUUUACCUUGCUGUUUCUGAUCAUGCAACGAGCGCGAUUGUGGUCCUCACUGAGUUUCCUCUCAAAGCUGUUCUUCAGAAGACGGACACGUCGAGCCGGAUCCUGAAAUUCUCUCAAGACUUGGCUAACUUCGACAUCCAGUUUGAGCCUCGGACAGCUACCAAAGGUCAGGCCUUUGUCGAACUCACUCCUGGCCUGCAAGACGAGGCCAAUGCCUUGGCCACCGCCGCUGAAGAAGCUCGGAUUCUGGAAGAAGAGGUUUUGGAGGGACCGUCCAGCCGUCCUUCGGAGCCACUCCGUGCUCGGUACUCCCUUGGACGAAAGAAACCCAAGCGGCAAUGGAAGCUCUUCUCCGACGACGCCUGGCGACUGACCGUCGAUGGAGCUUCAAAUGUUCACGGGGCUGGUGCGGGCAUCGUCCUUGUGUCUCCGAGCGAAACAGUGCAUGAAAGCGUUGUUUCGAUUGGAUACACGGCAACGAACAACGAGGCGGAGUAUGAAGCUCUGAUUGCAGGCCUCCAACUUGCUCUUCGGCUGGAUGCAGAUUCGGUUCAUGUCUUUUGUGACUCUCAGCUCAUUGUGGGACAUUUAAAUGAUGAUUAUCAAGCCAAAGAUCAACGUCUUGCUUCGGUUUACAAGACCUCGGGCAAUCGCACCAUCACCUUUGACAAGGUCCCCAAACCGAGCUUCGAACAGCCGUGUGAACAGGUCAUGGCAAUCACCCUCGGUCCAAGCCAGCUGGAUCUAGUGGUUGCUUAUUUGAAGAACCAAGUGCUACCGACGAGCAACCGCGAGGCAUACAAACUCCGCUGUCGAGCGGCCAACUUUUUCCUGGAUCCGAAGGGCAACCUUUACCGACGAACUUUCACCGGACCCGAUCUGCGCGUUGUCCACGACGACCUCGUGCAGGCCGUCUUGGAGGAACUCCAUUCGGGAAGCUGUGGGGCUCAUUCAGGAGGACGGUCCCUUGCACAGCGUGCUCUGACGCAAGGCUAUUGGUGGCCGAAAAUGGUGAAGCAAUCCGAAGAAUACGUGAAGCAAUGUGUUCGGUGCCAAAAGCAAGCAUCACUCAUCCACCAGCCAUCCUUCCCCCUUAAAAUGAUCACUAGUCCCUGGCCAUUUGCGGUUUGGGCUUUUGACAUAGUAGGCAAGAUGCCGAAGGCACCUGGAGGAUUUGAGUAUAUGCACACUGCCACGGAUUUGUUCACCAAGUGGGUUGAAGCUUCCCCCAUGAUCAAGACCACCGCAGGUGACGUGGAACGCUUCAUUUGGAAGCACAUCAUCUCGAGGUUUGGCGUACCGUACGCCAUCCUUUCUGACAAUGGCUCUCAGUUUGUUACGUCCGCCCUCAAAGCUUUUUAUGCGAAGCACCACAUCACCAUCCAUAAUUCCUCGGUGGCCUAUCCUCAAGGUAAUGGACAAGCCGAAGCAUCGAACAAGACCAUCACUCGGGGGCUGAAGCACCGUCUGGAUCGAAAACUCGGUAAGUGGGUGGAAGAGCUUCCACACGUCUUAUGGGCCUAUCGUACAACACCUCGGCGGUCUACCGGCCAUACUCCAUUUGCUAUGGCCUAUGGUAUGGAAGCUGUCCUCCCUUUGUCUACUAUGAUCCCUACAGCCCGCACGGAGAAUUUUAACCCUGUAGACAACAAUGCGCUUGUGGGAACCGAGUUAGACCUCGCCGAAGAACUACGUGACGAUGCUAACCUUCGGCACGCCGCGUAUCAGCAAGAAGUCGCAAGGGGCUACAACCGCAGUAUUCGCGCUCGUCCAUUUAACAUCGGGGACUUAGUCCUUCGGAUGGUUACCGAAGCGUCAAAGCUAACCAAGCUGAAGGAUCCCUAUGAAGGACCUUACCGAGUGGUGGAGAAGAUCGGGCAUGGUGUCUACAAGCUUGCUGAAAUGGAUGGAACGCCAAUUGCCAAUCCAUGGAAUGCUCAAAAACUUAGGAAAUUCCAUGGCUAG